GAGAGCGUGUCACGCGGGUUCUCUCAAUUGAGAUACCACGAUCUAAUAACGUGCACUCAACGCGUAGUCUAUUCUAUGAAUCGCGUUUGAUGGUACGUCCAAUAGAGUUGGAUAGCAUUGUGUGUACAUAUUCUUUUGUGGUAUAUUCUAUAGUUUUGCGCGUUUCUUUUAACCAAUAAACGUCUAAUAUUAUGUCAUAUGCAUUUUCAGCACUUGUCGGUAUAUCAGUUGUUGUGGAUGAGCAGGUCGCUUCAUGUAUUCAUAUGCGAUAUGCGAUAUACAAAUAUUUACUAAAGAAAGAUGCGAGAUUCUGUGUGAACUCUGGGCUUUAGCAUGAUAGAUAAAAUGAUCCGUGUGAUUUUUCACACUCGUCAUAGUACACUUGGUAACAUUAUAUGUUAAUCAUUUCCAACCGCGGAAUUUGAUAUAAAUUUAUUCAAUAUAUAUAAAUAAUUAACAAAAAUCAUCUUUUACGGUUAUAAUAAGAGUGAAAUCUAAAGUGUUAAAAGAGUUUAAAUUUUAGUGAUUCUCAACUUGUUCUCUUUUGUUGUCACGUACGGAAAUAAUUAUAGUGUUUUUGUAGCUUGUGCUGCUGUUUUCAGUAUUAAUUUAUGUUCUCUUCUUCUUAUUGUUAUCUUAUUAAUUUGGUCAAUGGGUACCAUGCGCGUACCAGUCUCGACACAUUCAAGUGCAGUGAAUACGCUUGUAAAUAAUUACAAGUGUUAAAAAAAAUUAUUUAAAGUGUACAUGAAAAAAUGGAUAAAAUAACGAAUAUGGAAGAAUCAGGAAUUGAUAUGGGUUUUGAUCUUGCCGCGCUGACAAGUGAUGAAAACGUCGAUGUUGAUUACAACGAUUACGAUCAGGUUUUGUCGAUGCUCUGUAAUUCUCAAGAUUUCGUCUAUUAUGAAAUAAAAAGUCGGGCGCCAAAUACAGGCAGUCCUCCGACAUUUAAAACUGCAACACCAACUUCGAGGACACAAUUGAAGCUUCAAUUAAUGCGAGAACAGUUGCAAGAGCAGGAAAGAAGAGAGGCUGAAUUUCGUCAGAGUUUACAACAACAGAAACCAGUAGCGGCAACUCCAAAGCCUGUUCCUGGUGCACAAUUAACUACAAUAGGUGUUGAUGUUCCUCCACAAGUUCUUCAAGUGAGAACACUUUUAGAAAAUCCUACGCGUUACCAUGUGGUACAGAAACAGAAGAAUCAAGUACGACAGUAUCUCCACGAGUCAUUUUGGUCAGCUGAUAGUGAAGCCGCACAGAAGAUUGCGGGUUCUAAUAGUGGUUCUGAAGGUGGUAAUGUCAGCAGCAUUACAUCAAACAUAGGAAUGUCCCAAGUACCAAUGACAGUUCAAAGUGCUCCACCGGGACUAACGCAUCAUCAGCUAAAGCCACAUCACCCUGAUCUUGCAUCUUACCCCCAUACAUCGUCAUUCCUUUCUCAGGUGUCUGGUGUUUCAGCCAGCCCUGACCUAACUGGUGGUACUAUGUCACCCGGACUUUCAAGCGUCGCAACUAGUAAUUCUGAGGCAGAAGAUCUUUUAGAUGACAUCUUAUCAUUUGAGAAUGGAUCCUUGAAGGAUGGUCACACCGGAAGUCAUACAAGUAGCUUACCAGAUUUACAAAUCAAACCGGAACCAUUGUUACUUACUGACGCAGAAAUUCAUGCCCUUGCGAAAGAUCGUCAGAAAAAGGAUAAUCACAAUAUGAUUGAGAGAAGACGAAGAUUUAAUAUCAACGAUAGGAUCAAAGAACUUGGUACACUAUUACCCAAAACAAAUGAUCCGUAUUAUGAAAUUGUCAGAGACGUGAGACCAAACAAAGGAACGAUAUUAAAAUCUUCAGUAGAGUACAUUAAGCUUUUAAAAAACGAGUUGACACGAAUGAAACAGUGUGAAAUGAGGCAUAAGCAACUAGAGCAUCAAAAUCGUCGGCUUCAACUACGAGUUCAGGAACUGGAACUUCAAGCGAAAACUCAUGGUCUACCCGUAACAGACUUUCAUUGGGCUUCUACGUCUAGUGGUGCUAUCAAUUCUAUUUGUAGGAAUAAAAAUGACAGAAGAAAAAAAUUGUUGCAGAUGCCAGAUGUCAUGACGGAAGAGACGUCAGUACUGAGCUUGGCACAAUUUGAAGAUCUGAUGGAAGACGAUGGGGGAGGUCCUGUUCAUGGAGGUGAUCCGAUGCUGUCAUCGCCACAUUUGCCACCCCUAAGUCCGCCUGAGUCUGCCUGUCAUCCUCUUCCGGAUGAAGAUACCCUUGGAAGCUUGGUACCUACCCCAUCAAAUUCAUCAUCCGAAAUGGAUAUAGUGGCAUAACCAGCAGCUUUUGUUCUCACUUACGUUAGUGGACUCUUAUUCGCAUGUAUAAUUGAUUCAUUACACGAUCAAGUGUUAUGAGACUGUGAAUAAUUAUUAUAAUUAUCGGAUCGAAAGAUUUUGAGGAAUAGUACAGUCAAAUAUCAAUAAAAACUAAGUAAUAAAGUAACUAAUUGGAAAUCGAACCAACCGUUACUUUUGAGGCUUCUUCCAAAUAUCGGCUGUUUUAUUUGUUAUAAGUUGACGGAAAUCAUAUUGACGCUUAAGACUUUCAAAAAAUAUAUGUACGUACCGUCCCUUUUGUAUCGGCCACAACGAACAGAAAAUACUAUGAUAUACUUGCCAUGUAAAAAGCAAUUGCGUGAGAUAUAUCUUGAUGAUGAAGAACGUAAUAAUAAUUGUUGUACAUAAAAUUAAAUAUAACUAUUGAAAAACUUUUCAACACUUUUUAAUUAGUUAUAUAACGAAAGACGAAUUAUACACUCAGAGAAUUUUACAGUAUUUUUCAGACAAAAAAGUUAUAGGAAAAUUGCUAUAGUGAUAUUAGCGUGAGGACAGUAUAGAAUUAUGAUAAAAAUUACCGAUAACAUAAAUUUUUAAAAUACAUCCAACAGAAAUUACAAUGUACAUAGUAAAGAUCAUCAUUAACACUAAUAACAACAGUCUAUAUACUAAAUUUAUCCAAAAUUUUAUAAGCAUUCAAAUACACAUCAACCAUUAUUAUACGAAAGAAAAUUCAAAAGAAGUUUUACAUAGAGAAGCAAACUCACACUGCAAAAAAUUCAGAAUCUGCCGAGUGGUGUGAAUGAUUUCAUGUGGAAAUUUUCAACACCGCUGGUCUAAAAGUUAUGCGACACACGCUGGCGUUAAUUUUUUGGCCGUGUGUGUUAGACCACUUACAUCACCAACGGUGUGUAUUUUACUUUGAUAGACACAAUGAAAAACGAAAUAAUAAAAAUAACUUCUCGUCCGGAAGAGGUUGUAGUAAAAAAUACUUGUAUAAAACUUUCCAUUCUAAGUUUUAAUUUUUAAUUGAUAUCUCGAACAAAAACACUUAUAUUAAUAGAAUCGUUAAUUAAUUUGGUUCGAACCAUAAAAUACCAUACAAAAUUCGUACAAAUAGCAAUGGCAAAGGUUUGUAUAGAUAAAUUGUUAGUUUUCUAUAAAUUUACAUUUGAUAAAUAAAUACAAUGUUAUUUGUAAAGAGUAAUUUUUUCAAUUGAAAAUACUUGACAUUGUAUUUUUAAUUGGUUGAGCUAUUAAUUGUAUUUUUUUUUAAGCAUUGGUAAAGAAAGUUAGUGGGUAAUUUUUGAAGUUACCAUUAAAUUAAUUAAUUUUAAUAUUGAAAAUAGUUAUUGGGUCAUUUUUCACUACAUAUCAUAUGAUUCGAUACACUGAGAGAACAAUUUAUUUGACUGAAUAAAAUCAUUUAGUUCAUUUAAAUAUAUAUUUGUUUAUCGUUAACAAAUCGUGGUUAAAAAAAAUUACACUACGACUGGUGACGCUACAGUGCCACCAUCCAAGUACAGAUUUGUUAACUUUGAACAUAUUAUUAUUUCAUUCAAAAAAACCAUAUCCUUGUCUUAAAUAAAUACUGAUUGGAUCCAUUCAAAUUUGGGAUUUAUUUACAUGUAACAAAUCUUAUCUGAUUUGAAUAAAUUGUUCUCUCAGUAUAAUGUCUGUUUUGGGCUGAUAAUACUAAAUGGUGUGAAAGAUAACACACCGUAUUAAAAGUACACCACUUAAUGUUUCACACCCUUAUUGAAACCGAGUUUAACGUGUAAAAUCUUUAGAGACCAUUUUCACACCUAAAAUUUUUUGGUGCCGCGACUAUUAAACCGCGAACAGUUCAACCGCAACACUUCAACCGAACGAUAGUUCAACCUAGCGACAAAAUAUCCGCGAUGAGAUAUCCGAAGAAAAAAUAAUUCAUGGUUUUUAAUAAACGGGUAUUGUGCUGUUCCAAUCAUAUGUGUUAACCUAUUUCCAAAAUAAUACCCACCCAAAAUAUGUGAAAAAAGGGCACAGUACGAUUUCCAGCAUAUGUGUUGUCGCGAAUAUUUUGUCGUUUUUAUAUGAUACUGUACAUGUUAAAAUUUAUAAGUUUUCGUUUAAAUGUUUGAAUAUUGUUUGGUUUCAUCGUUUUCAGUUGUAAUGUCGCUAGUUUGAACUGUCGUUCGGUUGAAAUGUCGCGGUUGAAAUGUCUUCGAUUUAAAUGUUACAGAACCAAUUUUUUGCAGUGUUCUCAUGAAUACGUUACGUAAUUUAUUCUAAUCUAUCAGUUCUUGAAUGGGCAAAGAUAGCCGAAUAUAUUUGAACAAACUGGAAUUUGAAAGAUUUUUGAUAAUAACCAUUCUGCGUAGUACAAAGUAUCAAAAACUUUGUAAUUUUUAAUUUUAAAUUAAUAAAUUUUCUAUUGCACCUGGUACUAAUUUUUGUAGUUAUAUAUAUAUAUAUUUUGUCAAUAUUGAAAUGAAGUACUAUAUUUUUUGAUUAUAAUCAAUAACUAUAGUCAGAAAUAUUACGAUGUGGCAUGGUAAAAAUACUUAUCUUAUCGAAUAUAUUUUAAUAAAAUAAAAUUAAAAAUUACUGAAACAAAUAGUAUAAUUUUUAAAAAUAUCGUUUUCUAAAAUUUUUGGUACUUUUUACUAUAAAAUUCUCUGCGUGUAGAAUCAAAAGGAAAUACUGCUCACCAUUUACGAAAUAAACGAGUAAAUUGAAAGUGCUUUAAAGUAAUUAAUAUUGUACAGAUUAAUAAUGAACCUAAUAAUUAAGUGGUUAAACAAAUAUUUGAAAGUCUCAUAUUUCAAAAAAUUUACAGACUCAUUAGUUUUUAAUAAAAAGAAAUCCAAAUAUAGUACCUUCGUUUAGAUUUAAUAACAGAUCUUACAUAAAUAAUUAAAUCUAUAUUCUCUUCUAAAAAGUUGAUGACCAGAUGUCGUAUCGUUUUUCGUCACUUCUGUGACUAUUUUUAUUCGGUUGCCGAUUGUUCGACUGAGAUAGUAGCGGAAUUUUUAAAAAAAUGAAGGUGAACGAAACGAACAUGUUAUGUCUAGAUUUUUUUAAAAAUCAUAACUGAUGUCACAUAGCAAAAAGUAAACAGUGAUACUGAAUAUUUUUCCGUAAUCUGCCGAUGAUUAGUAUUUAAUAUUUUUAGAUGUAUGAUAAUAAUAAAAGAAAUCGUAAAUAAGAUUCCAAGAAUUACAACUAAAUGAGUAAAUUUUCAGAUGAUUAUUUAUUUGAGGUUAUAUAUUGAAAGAAAUGACAAGUAUUUCAAAUAAGAUAGUAUCGACAAUUGUAAUACAAAAUUUUGGUAUUUUAAUUUUUGACUCCGUGAUACCAAUUACACGGUAAGAAAUGCAUGGCGUUUAACACCAUGCUGGUAUGGUCUCUAAAAUAGUAUGUGAAAUAUUCCAAGACAGCUUUGUAACAAGUCUCGAAGUAUGGCGUUAUUUACUAUACUGUAUAAUACUGGUGCUAUUGUAUUGCUUACACGGAUGUAUAGCAAGCACGGUGAAACAGUAUGGCCGUGAGACCCAUACUGCAAUGCCGAGGGUAUAAUGCUACAAGUUUUUCCCGCCAUAAUUUUUGCCAUGUCAAUCAAUGCAUACUAUUGUAUUACCGCCAAAACUAUAUAGAUGUCAUAAGAUUAGGUUUAUCCGCCAGAAGCAUUGUGGAUACGGCAACGCAGUAUGGACCUGACGGCCAUACUGAUAUUGUGACGUCCGCGACAUCUAUCGCCAGUGUUACUAUUCCUGCAAUGACCGAAUCAUCUAUGCACACAAUGUUACAACGUAUAAAAAUCUUCGAUACCAUACAGUGUGGCGUUCGAGCCCAUACUGACAUAGUAUUAUCCGCAAAAUAUUUCUUACCAUGUACGAUUUUUUUUCUGAAUUUUGGUUUUUUGUUGAGAUGAAAGAGACUAUUUUUUCUUACUAUUAUUGUUGAUAAAAGUGAAAAGAUUUAGUGUAAGCAUAAUUUGGAAAAUUUGAUAAAUUUUUUAAUUUUAAAAGUCUGUGUUGAGAAAAAUUUCACAAUGAAAAAAUAAAUUGUUUAUUUUUUGCAUUUAAUAAGCCUAUUUAAUUAUGCUAACAGAUGUAAAAUUUUCAAAUUUUCAUAAACGUACCUUGAUAACUUUUUGAAAAUUCAAAUAAACCAAGAAUAAAAACUGAAAUUCUUAAGACUUGGGUUCACGCAAAACUGAAAAAAUUGAAUCCCACUAAACAUAUUAUCGAAAAUAUUGAAUACUAAUAGCCGGUUUUUGAAAUUUCCAUAAUAAUUCAUAAGAUUAGUACGUUCACUUUAUCCUGAAAACCAAAUUUCGGAGAAGGUUCAAUUAAAAUUUUAUUACCAUAAAAAAAAAAAUUGAAAAAAAUAAAUUAUAAGUGAAUUUGAGUGGAUCACCUCGAUGCAAAUUUUUCUAUUGAAAAUUAUAUCAUAUAUAACUCAAUUUAAUUCGAAGUUGGAUAUCAAUAUUUGUUUAUCAUUAUUAAUAUUGAAUCUCUUCAGCAAAAGUCUUAUAUUGGAACACAAUAUUUUAUCCGGAAAAAAAUCCGAUUGAAAAAUUCUAAUCGGAUUUAUUCGAAAAUUUACGAUUGACUUUUUAUUGGAAAGUUCAAUCAGAAAAACGAUUUAUAGAAAAUGAUUACUUUCUAAUUGUAUCCGACAAAAUCGGAUUAAAAUAUUUUAAUUAAAGUUAAUCGGAAUUUAUCGGGAAAUAAUCCAUAUUUUUUCCGAUUGGAUCCGAUUGGAAUUUAAUCAGAUAGUUGGCAAAGUCCUAAGCAACUCUGAUUGAAUAUUUUGAUCCGAUAGAAUUCCGACUGAAUUUCACUCAAAUUUAAUCGGAUUUAAUCGGAGUUUUUUCUGAGGGUAAUUAAUUUCCUCAAGCUUAAUAAGACAUGUUUGAAUUUUAUGUAUAAGUUACGAUCCAAAACUCCGUAAUUAUAAAAAUAAAUUGAAAGUUCUGACUUGCCUUGUAAGAAUUGUUGUAUAUAAAUUUUGCACAUUUUGAAAGCAGACAUUCAUUAUUAGUGCAUACUUAAUGAUGGUUGAUUUUGGAAGAUAGUAUCUUUAUAUAAGCUGUAAAAAAACAUUUGUUAUUGAAAUUUAUAAUUUUAUAUUAACUGUUGAAACAUAUUUUUGAAAGAAUUUUUAUAGAAUAAGAGUUAUUAAGAGUAUUUACGUUUUUUGGUAAAAUGUUAUAAUCUCACAGAAUCAGAAGCCUCUGUUUAAAAAAAAACCCGCGAAAAAUCAAUCAUAUAUUCAAUUCUACGUAAAAAAAAAAAAAAAAUUCUGAAAAAAGCUUGGACCAAAAAAAAAUCCAAUUCGCUAAAAAAAGCCAUAAACAAAAAUUGGUUUACACACGCACACACACGAAGGUUUAUUAAUAAAUAGUCAAAAUAGCCUGGGUCAAUUAGAUGCAAAGUCUAACUGCCGUGUUAGCAGGGCAAAAAAAAAUUAAUUUCUUCUAAAAAUUACAUGCAUGGUUAUAUAUGAUUUAUAUAUGGACAUGUAUGAUCAUAAAAAUAUAUGGCUAUAUAUGAUUGGUUUUUCGCGAGAAACAGUAAUGUGGUAUUUCAAAAGCUACAAAAAAUAUGUAUGUAUAACAUACAAUAAAAUAUAUAUAUAUAUACAUGUACAUAAUUCUCACUCUAGCUGAAGGCAUAUGGCUGUAAGUGUGCUACUUUUUUUAUCUGACUAUAAGCCCCUGUGAAGGGAAGUUUAUGAUAAAUUCGUGAUCGAUUCUGUUGUAUAAAAAUUUAUCUUAUGGGACGAUUAUGGGUUUGAGCAUUAAUUUUUGAUUAAUAUUUGAUAAGGGAAUUAUAACAGAAUCAUUAACAUCAAUAUCCUUAUAAAAUAUUAAUCACAAAUUCAUAUUCAAGUUGAUACACGCAGAGAAAUUUUUAGUAAAAAUUAUCCAAAAAUUUCGAUACUGUGAGGACAUGUGGUAAAUAUGUAAAUUUUCCCAUGCACGUUGUAAAUUAUACUACUUGAUAGCAUGUAAAUGAAGUGCAAUUUCUACUUACAACACAGUAAAAAUUUAGUUACUGGCUAGAUGUCCUCACAGUACCAAAUUUUAUGGGUAAUUUUUAUUUAAAAAUUAUCUGCAUAUAAUCGUCUCUUGAGGGCACUGUGAACAAUUCAGUCCAACGUGUGGUGUGAAUGAUUUGGUGUGAAAAUUUUCAACGUGGCCGGUGUCAUAGUUACAAGACGCACGGUGGUAAAUUUUUGACCUCGUGAAUUAGAACGAUCACACCAACGAUGUAAAUGGUAUUUUUAUAGACAAAAUGAAAAACAAAAUAAUAAAAAUAACUUGUUAUUCGGACGAGAUAAUGAUGAAAAAUUCUUUUACAGAAAUUUCUAUUUUAUGUUCUAAUUUUUAAUUAAUAUGAUUUUUAACAAAAGUAUUUAUGUUAAUAAUUUAUGUAUAUAAAUUGUUGUAGUUUGUAUUUAAUUUACAUUGGAUUAAUGAAUGCAAUGUUACUUGUAAUGAGUAAUCUUUAAUUAAAUAUACUUGACAUUA